UUAGUCGCAAGCCACUCAUUAAUUAGCCCUAAACGAAAUCGAAAUGUGGCUAAUCGUGCUUGUUUGCUGCCUGUGGAUGGCUCCAAGUUUGGGACAGUUGCCUCCUGAAAUCGAGAAGUGCAAAGCGGGCGAUUCCAUCUGCAUAGCUGAAACAGUGACCAGGAUUCUGCGCUUGUAUCCCAAUGGUCUGUCUUCCAUUGGAUUGGAUGCUCUGGAUUCAAUUGGGUUCGAGAAUGUAGUCGUCAGUCGGAUGGAACCAGAUGGGCACUCUACUUUGGAUUUGAGUUUCCAUAACCUAACCGUAAUAGGAUUCGCUGACUCUACUGUAACGGAGGCAAAGGGAUUCGAAGCGGAUCUGCCGCGGGUCCUGGAGUUAAUUGGCUGGAUUCCACUGCUAAAACUCGAUGGGUUCUACGAGAUGCGUGGCAGUUUGCUGACGAUGCCCAUUCACGGGAAGGGCCAAGCCCAGGUGGAGAUCAAGGAAUGCCGCGUUCGCUGCAAGGUGCGGGUUUUGGAGGAUCUCCGAGGCGAUGGCAAGGUAUAUGCUGGGAUAGCCAAGGUCAAGUGCUUGCUGGAUGUGCAGGGCAUGCAUAUGAACUUCGACAAUCUUUUCAAUAACCCAGACAUGAGCGAAGCCAUGAACGUUGUGGCCAACACGAAGUGGCUGGAAAUUUGGCAUACCCUUCGCAGGGGUAUCACCUCUGCAGUGGAUCGAUUGGUGGAGUCGAUACUCAAGCGAGUAGCUAACAAGUUACCAUAUGACGAUUUCUAUCGGGAUUAGAAAUACAACACAUAUUUGAUUUAUAUCUAGAAUUAUUGUGCAGAUUUUAUUACAUAAAAAAAAAAUGAUUCAAUACUAAAUCUGGAUAUUACCGAUCUUCAAAUGAGUAUGGUCGAACUUAGUUAACUUAAAUUAAUGAAACGCUUUCAAAAGUUUCUUAGUACUUAGAGGUCAUCGCUGAGUCUUUAUUUCAUACCACAAUUUCUUACAGAUUUUCAAAACUUUCGGUUUUUUAUUAAAUACUCACU